AUUAAGACAACAGACAUGUGGGAGGCUUUCUCCUGAGAGUCACACUGAAAGUCUUGCUGCUCCUCCACAAAAUGAACUCUUCAGUUUAGAUUUGAUUAAAGACACAGCUCAGCUAAACACAACUCAAACUAAUCUACACUAUUUUUCUUUAUUACGCAGCAUUUUUAUAACUAUUUCCAGAUGUUUCUAAAGAUGAAAACAGAAUUAAACUCCAGCCUGAUCCGUUUCUGAGGUUCCUGACUCUGAACGUCCCUCAAACGCCUCUCUGAUCGUUUCCUUGCGUCGCUUUUACUUUCGCUUUCGUGAAUGUUGUGGCGCAGCUGAUCGUCUCCAUGUUAAGCAGCAUGGAUCAGUGUGAGGACAGAGAGGAGGGAGUCCCUCCCUCUAAAAGCACUCUGUGUGGGGAACAUGAGAGCCAGACCAAAGCUCAGAGCCCAGAGCUGUGGGGCGUACCAGGCUCAGCUGGACAUAACCCUAAAACUAAUCCAGAACCUGGACCUGAACCCAGCUGUGUUUCCUUAAAGAGCAACGAGUCGAAGGAUAUCGGUGUAAACUUUAACAAAAAACUGUUAUGUGACAACGAGAUCAAUAAGAGGCCAGAAUCUCCUGGACCUGAACCCAGCUGUGUUUCCUUAAAGAGCAACGAGUCGAAGGAAAUUAUUGUAAACUUUAAAGGCUGUUCUUCUGCUGCUGAGAGAGUGGAGCAGGAGAGAGCCGAGGUUUCCACUGGUCAGUCUGCACAGCAACAUCAAACACACCUGGACUCUGUGGUUAUGCGGCUGGAGGACAACAUCACCAUGUUUGUGAAGAACGAGCUGAAGAAGAUCCAGAAGCUUCUGAGUCCAGAUCACCCAGAAACCUUAAAGAGCCAGAUGGAGGAUGAGGAGAUGUUUGAAGGUGAGGAUGAAGAUGAAAGAAAGAGCUGCAGAGAAGCAUUUCUGAAGAUCACACUCCACUUCUUGAGGAGACUUAAGCAGCAUGAGAUGGCUGACCAUCUGCAGAGCAAAAUAUUUGCUUCACUCCGUAAAUGUGAACUUAAAGCCCAACUGAAGAAGAAGUUCCAGUGUGUGUUUGAGGGCAUCACUAAAGCAGGAAGCCCAACCCUUCUGAAUCAGAUCUACACAGAGCUCCACAUCACAGAGGGAGGGACUGCAGAGGUCAAUGAUGAACAUGAGGUCAGACAGAUUGAAACAGCAUCCAGGAAACCAGACAGACCAGAAACAACCAUCAGACAAGAAGACAUCUUUAAAGCCUCACCUGGAAGAGACGAACCAAUCAGAACAGUGCUGACAAAGGGAGUGGCUGGCAUUGGGAAAACAGUCUUAACACAGAAAUACAGCCUGGACUGGGCUGAAGACAAAGCCAACCAGGACAUCCAGUUCAUAUUUCCAUUCACUUUCAGAGAGCUGAAUGUGCUGAAAGAGGAAAAGUUCAGCUUGGUGGGACUUGUUCAUCACUUCUUUAAUCAAACUAACCAAUCAGGAAUCUGCAGGCUUGAAGACUUCCAGGUUGUGUUCAUACUUGAUGGUCUGGAUGAGUGUCGACUUAAUUUGGACUUCAACAAAACUAAAAUCCUGACUGAAACCAGAAAGUCCACCUCAUUGGAUGAGCUGCUGACAAACCUCAUCAGAGGGAACCUGCUCCCUUCUGCUCGCCUUUGGAUAACAACACGACCUGCAGCAGCCAAUCAGAUCCCUCCUCAGUGUGUCGACAUGGUGACAGAGGUCAGAGGGUUCACUGACCCACAGAAGGAGGAGUACUUCAGGAAGAGAUUCAGAGAUGAGGAGCAGGCCAGCAGGAUCAUCUCCCACAUCAAGAAAGCUCGAAGCCUCCACAUCAUGUGCCACAUCCCAGUCUUCUGCUGGAUCACUGCUACAGUUCUGGAGGAUGUGCUGGAAACCAGAGAGGGAGGACAGCUGCCCCAGACCCUGACUGAGAUGUACAUCCACUUCCUGGUGGUUCAGGCCAAAGUCAAGAGGAUCAAAUAUGAUGGAGGAGCUGAGACAGAUCCACACUGGAGUCCAGAGAGCAGGAAGAUGAUUGGGUCACUGGGAAAACUGGCUUUUGAUCAGCUGCAGAAAGGAAACCUGAUCUUCUAUGAACCAGACCUGACAGAGUGUGGCAUCGAUAUCAGAGCAGCCUCAGUGUACUCAGGAGUGUUCACACAGAUCUUUAAAGAGGAGAAACAACUGUACCAGGACAAGGUGUUCUGCUUUGUUCAUCUCAGUGUUCAGGAGUUUCUGGCUGCUCUUCAUGUCCACCUGACCUUCAUCAACUCUGGACUCAAUCUGCUGGAAGAACAACAAACAACGUCCAUGUGGCCUAAAUUAUUUGAUAAACCAAAACUCCAAUCUCUCCACCAGUGUGCUGUGAACAAGGCCUUACAGAGCCCCAAUGGACACCUGGACUUGUUCCUUCGUUUUCUCUUGGGUCUGAAGACUAAUCAAACUCGUUUGCAAGGCCUGAUGACACAGACAGGAAGUAGCUCACAGACCAAUCAAGAAGCAGUUCAGUACAUCAAGAAGAAGCUCAGUGAGAAUCUGUCUGCAGAGAAAAGCAUCAAUCUGUUCCACUGUCUGAAUGAACUGAAUGAUCGUUCUCUACUGGAGGAGAUCCAACAGUCCCUGAGAUCAGGACGUCUCUCCACAGAUAAACUGUCUCCUGCUCAGUGGUCAGCUCUGGUCUUCAUCUUACUGUCAUCAGAAAAAGAUCUGGAUGAGUUUGACCUGCAGAAAUACUUUGCUUCAGAGGAGGCUCUUCUGAGGCUGCUGCCAGUGGUCAAAGUCUCUAAAACAGCUCUAUUGAGGAGCUGUGGUUUGUCAGAGAUCAGCUGUGAUUAUCUGGCAGCAGCACUGAAGUCCAACCCCUCCCAUCUGAGAGAGCUGGACCUGAGCUACAACUACAAGCUGCAGGAUUCAGGAGUGAAGCAUCUGUGUGGUUUCCUGGAGAGUCCAGGAUGUGGACUUGAAACUCUGAGAUUGAGGAGCUGUGGUUUGUCAGAGAUCAGCUGUGAUUAUCUGGCAGCAGCGCUGAAGUCCAACCCCUCCCAUCUGAGAGAGCUGGACCUGAGUAACAACAAGCUGCAGGAUUCAGGAGUGAAGCAUCUGUGUGGUUUCCUGGAGAGUCCAGGAUGUGGACUUGAAACUCUGAGGUCAGUCAGCAUGUUUUAGUUGUGCUGAGAUGAAUAUGAUGUGAAAGUUGUGCUG